GUAACAUCCGGGUUCUCGCUUUACUCUACAAUGGCCGACAGUGGCUAUGCAGCGUUCGUAGGUAGUUGGGGUUUUUUGUACCGGCCGUUGGUAUUUUCCCACAGCGCGGUCCGUUUGUAAACUGUGCGCGUUGCCCAUCCAGGUGAACCAUGUUUAAAAAAGCGAAGAGGGUUAAUUUCAGGCGAAGGAAUGAGUCGGACGACGACGAAAAGGAAGACGGCCAGGAGCCGCAAAUAGCGACGCCGCCAGUGCCGCAGCAGUCCUGCGGCCCUGCCGGGGAGGAGGGCAGCACCCGAGAUCCCGAUGCCCACAAUUCCGAGGCGGUAUCCGGCGGCACUGUGGCUGUGCACCACGGCAACGGUCUGCAGCCGAACGUCGGAAAGGCCGUUAAGGAGAAAAAGAAGACUAAUAGGGAUGCCCGCGAUGCUCCAAGAGCCAGCCUGCUGAGCUUUCACGACGACGAGGAAGACACCGAGGUCUUCAGAGUGAAGAAGCCUAACCAUAGUAAGAAGAUAGUCAAGCAGCUGAAAAAGGAAUAUAAAGAAGACCUAGAGAAGAAUAGCACCAUCAGACCGGAGAACACCACAUCAACGGAUGAAACAGUGGCACCGACUCUGGUGACCCUGAAGGAGGAGCCGAAGGCGGAGGGGAGCCGAGCCAGCAGCGAGCAGGGUGAGGAGGAGAUGGAGGUGGAUAGCAACGACGAGCCGGACGAGGAUGGCGAGUCUCGGAGCGGUGCCGGGGCCGCGUUCUCGAGCACGCUGUCCUCCCUGAGCACGCUCAGGCCAGGUGAGAUCCCUGACGCAGCGUUUAUCCAUGCGGCCCGCAAGCGACGUCAGCUGGCCCGGGAGCUCGGGGCAGACGGGCCGCCCCCAGAACCGGAAGCCGGUAAGAAGCGUCUGGUCAGGGAGGACGAACAUGACGGCAGUGACGACGACGAGGAUGAGAAGAGGAUCGUCUUCAGCGGCGUGAAGCUGAAGACCCAGCGUCAGAAAAUUGCAGAGGAGAUAGGCAUUGAGGGCAGCGACGACGAGGCACUUGAUGCUGCCGGAAAUGAUGAGGAAGUGAGCCGUUGGGAGCAGGAACAGAUCAGGAAGGGUAUCAGCAUUCCCCAGGUUCAAACCAGCACGCCCGAAGACGCUAAUAUGUAUUACCAAAGCGGAUAUGACGUCCAGCCUUAUGGCACUUCAUACAGCCUGACCUACUCCUACAACUCAGUGGCAGGGGAUGACCCCAAGGCCAAGGCCGACACCUCAGUAACCUUUUCCGCCCCUAGUAGUGACCUGACCCCUAUCACUACUGAUUUGGUAAAGAAACGCCUUAAAGACAGGCUCAGCUCCAUGUGCCAGGGGCACAGUAGCAAUGCCAAGCGCUACGAGCAGAUUCGGGAGGAGCUGGCAGCCUCGGCCCGUACCAUCCAGCGCAUGGAGGGCUCCUCUGACGCUGUCGCUGACCAGUAUAAAUUCUUGCAAGAAAUGCGAGGGUAUGUCCGAGACUUGCUUGAGUGUUUCGGUGAAAAGGUGCCAGUGAUUCUGGAGCUGGAGGCUGCCAUGCACCAGUUACUAAGGCAACGGGCAUCCCGGCUCGUCCAGAGAAGACAGGAUGAUAUUAAAGAUGAAUCGGCGGAAUUUUCAAGCCUUUCAAACAAGGCCUUAAUGGCCCCAAACCUGGACUCUUUCGGCAGAGACCGUGCCGCGUAUCAGGAACACGCCAAGCAGCGGAGGAUCGCCGAGAGGGAGGCCAGGCGGACCCGGCGCAGGCAGGCAAGGGAGCAAAACGGAAAGCGGGCCGCGCACCGGGAGGGGCUGUCUAGCGAUGACGAGGAGACCUCGACUGACAUCACCAGCUUCAACCUGGAUAGAGAGCGCGUUCUGAAGGACUCAAAGAAAGUGUUUGAGGACGUCCUGGAGGACUUUCACUCUUUGGAUAGCAUCAAGUGCCGCUUUGAGUUGUGGCGGAAGCUCUACUCGGCCUGCUACCAGGAUGCCUACAUCGGCCUGUGUUUACCGAAGCUUUUCAGCCCCCUGGUCAGGCUGCAGCUGAUUGGCUGGUCCCCCCUGGAGGUGGACUGUCCCAACUUUGAGUACAUGCUGUGGUUCGAGUCGCUGCUGUUCUACAACUGUGAAGAGCAGUCGGAGAUGCAGAAAGAUGACGUCGACGUGGGCCUCCUGCCCGCCAUUGUGGAGAAAGUCAUCCUUCCCAAACUCGCUGUACUGGUGGACCAGAUGUGGGACCCGCUAUCUAGCAGUCAGACGAGCCGCCUGGUGGCCUUCAUGCAGCGGCUGAUCAGGGGCUACCCUACGGUGCUGCAUGGGGACAACCGAAACACACAGGAGCUGCUGAAGACCAUUGUCCUCCGGACAAGGAGGACGCUAGACAACGACAUAUUCAUGCCGCUCUACCCUAAGAACAUAUUGGAGAACAAGAAUUCGGGCCCCUACCUCUUUUUCCAGCGGCAGUUCUGGUCCUGUGUGAAGUUGCUGGAGAACAUUCUGCAAUGGUACGGCGUCCUGUCUAACUCCACCCUGAGGGAGCUGGCUGUGGACAGCACACUGAACCGCUACAUCCUCUCCGCCCUGCAGUCCACUGACCCUGGAGAGGAGAGCAUCGACAAGAGCCGAAGUGUGGUCGAGUGCUUUCCCCAGCAGUGGUUCAGCAGUCUGAAGGGCCAGCAGACCAUCCCCCAGUUGGAGAACUUCUGCAGGUACCUGAAGCACGUAGCCAGCACAGUCUACAGGAUCAGCCUGGCCGGGUCUGACGUGGAGAGGCGAAAUGCGAGGGAGCAGAUUAAGGAGGUGGUGAAGCUGCUGGGACGCCUCAACGCCUUGGACCAUGUUGUCGCCGUGGCCACAGAGCACGGCAUCAAAGACAUUAAGACCCUCCUGGAAAGCAAAUAAGAGGCCAGCGGUGGGGACUUGUAUAGAUAUUGUGAAUAUUGUACAUGUUUGAAAAGAGCUAUACCCUAGAGCCCUGCAUUAAUGCGUUCAAAGACGACUACAGGGUAUCCUGGCCAACUUCAGACUGUGAAGGCGGAGGGCUGUGGUCCUGAUGGAGAGGAGUCGUGGACCCGUGUUGAUUGGCAGAUGGGAAGGAAUAUUCGUUUCCGUCUGUGUUUAGAGGCUUUUUUUUGGGUGUUGCUCUCCUGGGUUGGGCAUGAACCUUGGAAGCUCAUGGCCAGCAAGCCUGCAGCGUGAUGCUUGUGGUUUAUCACCUCUAAUGUUUUUCCUGUGAUUUGCCCGAAUAUGGUGUCUCUCAAAUAGCACUUGCCUGCCCCUGGUCCUCUCAUGCCAAAAUGCAAACCACACCCAGAAAGUCUUCUCCUCAAGCAGUUAUCGGGUUUUAUGUUCACGGCCAGGUUUUGGGUCUAGGGUGGGGAGGGGUUUGUCUGGCCUAGUUGGCUUGGAAGAAGGACUUUAUAUUUUACUGAUUUGCAUCUAUAUGUUUUAAAGGCCUAUUUAAUAAAAAAAAUGGCAACUGAAGAUUUAUCUGGUGAAGGACUCUCCGACCAGCCCGAUGAUGUAAUCUGUAAGUGUAAGACACACACUGCAAUUUGAAGCCAUUCAUCAUUCCUGCUUUGGGUGCAAUCUGUCUGAUCACACUGCUGAUAGUGCACCCUGGAAUUAGACAGAAAAAUGUUCUAUCAUCUCAGCUAAAUUUAAAUUGGUAUCUUGAGGUCCUCUUGUGUGUGGAUUUUUUUAUGUAAGUUCUGUUCAGCCAAGAUGCCGGUUGGGAAAAUUUUUGAUGUACAAAUUCAUGCUCCUUUACCCCAGUCAAUUACUGAUUUGAUAACCUUCGAGCCAAUGCACAACAUACUAAUAUUUGGGGCAAUAUGCGUAUAAAUGUUCAAAUUAAAUUGUAGCUAUCUGUGUGCUA